AUGCCACAAAUCCCUACUCCUCCAGCCUCUCGUCAUGGGUCGAUAUCCCCUGAACCCGAGCACAAACAAGCUCCGACGGCCGACUUGACGCAGACGCUGGACGACCUGUUGGAACGGUAUCUCCAUCUGCUUGAUAAGCACCAGAAGUUACAGUCCCAAAUGGCCUCCUGUUUGUCUUCAGGGUUCAUGGCGCUCGCACAAGCCAACUAUGCCUGUCCUCCAGGGCGACGAUACGGCGAAGAUUACUAUGACGAUCGCAUGAAAGCAACAAGACGGAUGAUUGAAAGGACCAUACAAACCCGAUGCGCCGCAACCAACAAUCUGUCGGCGAAAGAUACAGAUCAAUCCGACAAGUCGGCCACAUUCCAGUACACAUUCAAAAUCGAAUCCGCCAAAACCGAGGAAUCAGAAGAAGACCCAAAGAAUGACGGACCGCCGUCUCCUGAGAGCAGUGAUCCCUCGGACGGUCAGCCAGCUUCAGAAGACGCUACGAAGCCUUUGAACGCCCCAGACUCCCCAGAGCCCUCCGGUCCAGAUGAAGCAAGCAAGACAGGAUUAGAAUCUACUACUACGUCCAAGUCAAAAUCGAAGUCCAAAACGAAACCUCGCUCUUCCGAUCCCCUUCGGUGGUAUGGAAUACUGGUCCCGCCAACCCUUCGCAGUGCGCAAAAUUCCUUUACAGCCGCUGUAGAGGGUCAUCUAUCAGAACUUGCAAGUGUUACGACUGAGAUGCAGUCAGCAGAGAGGGAGAUCGCGCAAGUACGAGAGGAACUCGGUCAGGCCUAG